CGUGAUUCCGCAGAAAUCAGGAGUGAUCCAUUUUCGAUUUUUGUUUCCUUCCAUCAUCUCUUCCAGAGUCCGCAGUGCUGCACUCAAUCUCCUGCUAGUCCAAUAGUCAUGGAAGAAGAAGUUGCUGCUCUCGUUAUCGAUAAUGGCUCCGGGAUGUGCAAGGCAGGAUUUGCUGGUGAUGACGCCCCCCGUGCCGUCUUUCCGUCGAUCGUUGGUCGACCUCGUCAUCAAGGUGUUAUGGUGGGGAUGGGUCAAAAGGAUUCUUAUGUUGGGGACGAGGCACAAUCUAAACGGGGCAUCCUCACCUUGAAAUACCCUAUCGAGCAUGGUAUCGUCACCAACUGGGACGACAUGGAGAAGAUUUGGCAUCACACAUUCUACAACGAAUUGCGUGUCGCUCCCGAGGAGCACCCGGUCCUUCUCACUGAGGCACCCCUUAACCCCAAGGCGAAUCGAGAAAAGAUGACUCAAAUUAUGUUUGAAACUUUCAAUGCCCCUGCAUUCUAUGUUGCAAUUCAAGCAGUGCUAUCUCUGUACGCGUCUGGACGAACGACUGGUAUUGUACUGGACUCGGGUGAUGGUGUCACCCACACUGUGCCGAUUUACGAAGGUUUCGCUCUCCCCCACGCCAUUCUGCGUCUGGACCUUGCUGGACGUGAUUUGACCGAUUAUUUGAUUAAAAUCCUGAUGGAGCGCGGUUACGCAUUCACGACUACGGCAGAGCGAGAAAUUGUCAGGGACAUCAAGGAAAAGCUUUGUUACGUUGCCCUUGAUUUUGAACAGGAACUACAGACUGCGUCGCAGAGUUCAGCUUUGGAAAAGAGUUAUGAACUCCCAGAUGGACAAGUGAUUACCAUCGGCAACGAGCGUUUCCGUGCUGCAGAGGCAUUGUUCCAACCUUCGUUCUUAGGCAUUGAGGCUGCAGGUAUCCACGAAACCACGUACAACUCUAUUUACAAAUGCGAUCUCGAUAUCCGCCGUGACCUUUACGGAAACGUCGUUCUUUCCGGAGGUACGACUAUGUACCCUGGCAUCGCAGAUCGUAUGCAGAAGGAAUUGACUGCAUUGUCACCCUCGAGCAUGCGAGUUAAAAUCGUCGCCCCCCCGGAGAGGAAGUAUUCUGUCUGGAUUGGUGGUUCUAUUCUUGCGUCCCUCAGCACCUUCCAGAACCUCUGGGUGUCCAAACAGGAGUAUGACGAGUCCGGUCCUGGCAUUGUUCACCGAAAGUGCUUCUGAGGAGGGUAGAAUGCCGGAGGAAAGAAGGGUCCGGUCCUUAUACGUUGCCUGCCAUCACGAUGUCUUGGUCGAUAGUUUACUUGGCACUGCAGUACUGCAUGCAUUUUCAAUGACAUCUGAUUUUGAUUGUGUUUGAAAGUUAAAUAACACCCCUUUGAAGGCCCACAUAGCUGGGUGGAGAGGAAACUGGGAAGAUCUGGUAGACAGCUUUGUUUGACAAUGAUUAUUCAGAGUGAGG